AUGCCGUCGAAAAACGCGCGCCUUCAGCAAUGGAUCAACUACCGAGUCCGCGUCUGCCUGCAGGACUCGCGCAUGCUGGUUGGCAGCUUACUCGCCUUUGACCGCCACAUGAACGUGGUCCUGGCGGACGCAGAGGAGUUUCGCAAGCUGAAAAUCCGCCACAAGCUCGCAGACGGAAAGCACCAAACCGAGGAGAAGGAAAUCAAAAGGAGCGUCGGCCUCAUGAUGAUUCGCGGCGAAAACAUCCUCACGUUGACGGCUGAGGCGCCGCCUCCCUCGAAGCCCAAGACGGUCGCGGGUCCAGUGGCGCCCGGCGCCACCCCGGGCCGGGGCGUGCCGGUUGGCCGCGGUGUCUCCUUGGCGCCGAUGGGCGCCAGCGGAGUCGUGGCGGCGCCGGUCGGCCUCGCCGGGCCCGUGCGAGGCGUCGGCGGGCCUGCGCCCCAGAUGAUGGGCCUUGGAGCCCCAGGCGGUCGCGGCGCGGCCAUGGGCCCCCCGGGCCUGAUGGCCCCCGGGGGCGCCCCGGGCAUGCCCAUGAUGCGCCCCCCGAUGGGCAUGCCCCAGCAGUAA